AUGCGUAACAUCUACUUCAAGUCCGGCCUUGGCGACGAAACCUACGGACCGCCGUUUAUCUUCGACGAAGAAAACGACGUUCCGACGCUGGAUUCCGCCAUGCAAGAAGCCCGGGAAGGGGUAUUUUCGUCCGUCGACGCGCUGCUAUCCAAAACCGGAAUCGACCCGUCUUCCAUCGACGUCGUUAUAGUAACAUGCGGGAGCUUCUCGCCGUUUCCUUCGCUUUCUUCUCUGAUCGUGAACCAUUAUAACCUCCGCCCGGACGUCAAGACUUUUAAUCUCAGCGGAAUGGGGUGCAGCUCCGGCGUCUUGUCCAUCGAUUUCGCGGCCCGGAUGUUACGGAGUUCCGAAAAAGUCCAGAAUGCCCUUGUGGUUAUCACCGAGAGUAUUACUCUGAAUUGGUACUCCGGCGAUAACCGUUCCAUGCUGGUUACUAAUUGCAUCUUUCGCGUGGGGUGCACCGCCGCGAUGCUGACGAAUGAUCCCACGCGCCGCCGAGUUGCCAAGAUGCAGCUGGUCGACUCGCUCCGGACUCAUCACGGGGCGGACGACCGGUCCUACCGGGCGGCUUUUCAGGAGGAGGACGAGAACGGCUUCACCGGAGUUGCGCUCACGAAGGACUUGAUCAGGGUGGCCGGGGUGAACUUGACUCAGCACAUCACGCUCCUCGCACCCCGAGUCUUGCCGCUGAGUCAACUCGCCAGUUACGCUUACUCGGCUGUGACGUCGGCAUUGAGGUCACGCGCCGGUGAGUCGAAGCCGAAGCCGGCCGUGCCGGACUUCACGACGGCGUUCCAGCACAUGUGUAUUCAUACCGGAGGAAAGGCGGUGAUCGAGCAGGUCGGGCGAGUUUUGCGGCUCAGCGACGAGGUGACCGAGCCGGCUCGGAUGACGUUGAACCGGUUCGGUAACACGUCUAGCAGCCUGGUUUUCUACGAGUUGGCUUAUUUUGAAGCUAAGGAAAGGGUGAAGAAGGGGGAUACAAUGUGGAUGAUUGCAUUCGGGACUGGAUUUAAGGUUGGGAGUUUGGUUUGGAAAUGGCUUCAAGAUUCAUCUCAAGAAAUUGAUAAUCCUUGGAAUGACUCCAUAGAUAGUUACCCUCUUGAAGCUUGGCCAGUGAAUGAUUUGUUAGUUGCCGAAACUGAUGAUGAAGAAACGGAUAAUCUUGAUAGGAAUGAGGUCUUGGAGGAUUUUUAUAAAUUAUUUAAGUCUGGUGGGUCGUUACCGCAAGAAAGUGAUUUAGGAGAGGGUCUAAAGGAGGCAGAAAUUGGGAAAGAAGGGAGAGAGAAUGUGAAUGUUGAGUAUUAUGAACCAAAACCAGGGGAUUUGGUGGUUGGAGUUGUGGUUUCAGGCAAUGAGAAUAAGCUUGAUGUGAAUGUUGGUGCCGACUUAAUUGGUACCAUGUUGACCAAGGAAGUGUUGCCCUUGUAUCAUAAAGAGAUGAAUUAUAUGUUAUGUGACAUGGAGAAGGAUGCAGAGGAGUUUAUGGUUAAUGGAAAAGUAGGAAUAAUGAACAACGACGAGGCCGUGAGUUGGGAAGAUAUGCCCGGGAGACCUGUAGUAGAGCCGGGAACAAUUCUUUUUGCCGAGGUUCUUGGAAGAACACUUAGUGGACGGCCUUUACUAUCUACCAGACGUCUCUUCAGACGCCUAGCUUGGCAUCGUGUGAGGCAGAUUAAGCAACUGAAUGAACCUAUUAGAGUGAAAAUAACAGAGUGGAAUACUGGUGGACUUCUUACAAGAAUAGAGGGUUUACGAGCUUUUCUUCCAAAGAUUGAGUUGAUGAAUAGGAUUAACAACUACACAGAUCUGAAAGAUAAUGUUGGCCGCUGGCUGUACGUGCUUAUAUCUAGAAUUAAUGAAGAUACUAAUGACUUGAUACUGAGUGAGAAAGAUGCUUGGGAGAUGCUUCAUCUUCGUGAGGGGACUCUGCUUGAGGGAACUGUCAAGAAAAUUUUUCCUUAUGGUGCUCAAAUUAGGAUAGGGGAGACUAAUAGGAGUGGGCUGUUACAUGUCUCAAAGAUUAGUCGAGCUCGAAUUGAUUCUGUUAGCAAUGUGCUAGCAGUUGAUGAGAAGGUUAAAGUUCUUGUCGUGAAGUCGAUGUUUCCUGACAAAAUAUCUCUGAGUAUAGCGGACCUUGAAAGUGAGCCGGGUUUGUUCCUGUCAAAUAAGGAGAAAGUUUUCUCUGAAGCUGAAGAGAUGGCUAAGAAGUACAGGCGGCUGAUAUCACCAUUCCUAGAAAAACCAAAGUUAGAACCUGUAACGACCAAUGUUGCUAUACCUUUUGAAGAUGAAGAAAAUAGCCUGGCUAAUUGGAAAUGGUUUAAAUUUGAAACGGACAGCAUACCAGACUCAUGA